AUGCCGCGCGAUCUCAAGAAGCUCAUGCCCCAGGCGCGGUCGGAGGUUAGCAACCCCGUCACGGCUGAAGUGUCCGGCGUCCAGAAGGUCGACGGCGAAACGAUACCACGUCGAAAUGCGAAGACGGCAGACGCGUUGCGCCUGACGCCCAACGACGACAUCAACACGCUCUACGAUGUGCUGCGCUAUUCAUCUGCCAAAUUCGGCAACGCGAAGGCUGUCGGCACCCGCAAGAUGCUAGACGUACACGAGGAGACCAAGAAAAUAAAGAAGAUGGUCGAUGGCAAGGAGCAGGAGGUGGACAAGAAGUGGCAGUACUUCGAGCUCGGCCCAUACGAGUGGAGGAGCUUCGUUGAAUUUGAACAGCUGUGCCUCCAUGUGGGCGCGGCUAUGAAGCAGCUGGGCUUCGUUCCCCACGAUCGCAUCCACCUGUUCGGUGCAACCAGCAUGCAAUGGCUCAGUUCCGCACAUGGUGCCUUCACGCAGUCUUUGAGCAUCGUGACUGCAUAUGAUACGCUUGGCGAGGAAGGUCUUAAGCACUCCAUGCUGCAGACCAAGGCCAAGAUCAUGUUCACUGACCCGCAUUUGCUCCCCAGGCUUGUGAACCCCUUCAAGGAGGCUAAGGACAUCCAGGUCGUCGUCUACAGCACCAAGGACAAGGCUGAGCUGAAGCACAUCGAGGCUCUCACUAAUGCCCACCCCCACUUGAAAGUUAUCAGCUUUGAUGACUUCGUUGCGCUUGGAAAGGAGCACCCCGCGGACCCCAUCCCACCAAAGUCGGACGACCUUGCCUGCAUUAUGUACACUUCUGGGUCCACGGGAACACCAAAGGGUGUCUUGAUCAAGCACAGCAACGUUGUCGCUGCCAUUACUGGUGUCAAUGUCAUAGUAGGCCAAUACAUUGGGCCUGGCGACACACUCCUCACAUACCUUCCUGCUGCGCACAUCCUCGAAUUCGUCUUCGAGAACGCUUGUCUCUACUGGGGAGGAAACAUGGCCUAUGGCACCAUCAGGACGCUUUCGGAUACCUCUGUAAGGAACUGCAAGGGCGAUAUCCGCGAAGCGAAGCCUACUAUUCUGGUUGGUGUGCCGCAGGUGUGGGAGACCGUGAAGAAGGGAAUUGUUACCAAAGUUGAAGCCGGUGGGGCUCUGACUUCUAAGCUAUUCUGGGGAGCUAUGGCUGCGAAACAGUUCCUCCUGGGAUCAGGAUUGCCCGGAUCUGGCUUCCUCGAUACCGUCGUGUUCAACAAGGUUAAAGAUGCGACAGGUGGACGUCUGCGCAUCUGCAUGAAUGGUGGCGGUCCAAUCGCUAAGGAAACCCAACGUUUCAUUUCGUACGCCAUUACCCCCAUGAUCAGCGGUUAUGGUCUUACCGAAACCACAGCCAUGGGCGCUCUGAUGGAUCCCCUAGCAUGGACCGAUCAGGCGCUUGGCGAGAUACCUGCGUCCGUUGAGGUCAAGUUGGUCGACUAUGCCGAUGCCGGUUACUUCUCGACCAACAAGCCACCGCAGGGUGAGAUCUGGAUUCGUGGAGGAGGCGUCACCGCUGGGUACCUCGAUCUUGAGGAGGAGACUAAGGAAGCAUUCACCGACGACGGUUGGUUCAAGACUGGCGACAUUGGAGAGUUCGACUCAAAGGGCCAGCUCAGAAUCAUCGACCGAAAAAAGAAUUUGGUCAAGACCCUCGCGGGUGAAUACAUCGCUCUUGAGAAAUUGGAGUCCGUAUACCGAUCUGCUCCUGUCGUUGCAAACAUCUGCAUCUACGCUGCGGACGAUCAGAUGAAGCCCGUUGCCAUUAUUGUCCCUGCUGAGCCCGCGCUCAAGAAACUGGCACACGAGAACGGCAUUCAGGGCGAUAGUUUAGAGGAGCUCGUGCACAACGACAAGCUGAAUGGUGUGGUACUGAAGCAACUACAGUCGCAGGGCCAGAAGGGCGGUCUGGCCGGCUUCGAGAUAAUCGCUGGUGUGGUCAUGGCUGACGAGGAGUGGACGCCGCAAAACAACUUCACCACGGCGGCGCAAAAGAUUAACCGCAAGCUCAUUCUGCAAACGUACCAAAAGGAGAUCGACAAGGCAUACGGCAAAUAA